AUGUGCUGUGUCCAGAUGGAAGAGGCUAAGGCUGAAGAAUGCCAAGCUAAGGCCAAAUACCUGCAUGAAAAAAUUCCUCAGUACAGGAAGCAUAAGCCUGGGUUUCCUGAAACAGACCUAUUCAUUGAUGAAAUACUUGAGGAGUAUGACAAGAUAUGGCUGCUGUGGGAGUACCUCUGGCCUGAUUUUGAUGUAGAAAAGGAUGUUCCAAUGACAUUUGCAAUGGGUAUGGAACUGUGCAAAGCACUUGCCAGAUGUCAUGUGACAGGUGGUGAAGCAGGAGUUCUGCCAGACUGGCAUAAUGCCUGCAGACUAUUGGACCUACUGGGGACCGGGAUGUGCAUCAGAUUGGACUUGCUGGGGGUGUAA